GACUUCACCCACCCCUCAACUAAAAAAAUAAAAGUAGUUUAAACUUUGCAAUCCUUUUGAGGUUUGCAAUGCUUAUAAAUAGCCAAGGCUCAUGCUCUUGUUUGCACCACACAACUCAUGCGAUUGUAUUAGUUCCAAAACACAUACAUACAUUGCAUUGCUUCAAAACAUAUACACAUCACAAGUCAAGUCUACUAGUUAUAGCCUAUAGGGAGUCUGAAGAAUGAUGGCAAACCCAAAGAUGAUAGCUAUUGCAUUUUUGGUGUUGUUUGUUGUGGACCUUUCCUUUGCUGCUAGAUACUCUAAGAAGACUGGUGGUCAAGGAGGAGGUGGCGGUGGUGGUGGUGGAGAAGGGGGUGGUGGUGGAGGUGGAGAUGAUGGCCAGGGUUAUGGGUCAGGCUAUGGAUCAGGGAGUGGCUCCGGAUAUGGAAGUGGUAGUGGUGGUGGUAAGGGCGGAGGUGGUGGAGGAGGUGGAGGUAGCGGCGGAGGAGGUGGCGGAGGGUCAGGGAAUGGCAGCGGAUCAGGUUCAGGCUACGGGUCUGGAAGCGGUUCGGGAUAUGGUUCAGGUGGUGGAAAGGGUGGAGGUGGCGGUGGCGGUGGUGGUGGAGGCGGCGGAGGCGGUGGAGGAGGAGGAGGUGGAAAUGGAUCAGGAAGUGGGUCAGGAUAUGGGAGUGGUAGCGGGUCAGGAUAUGGAAGUGGUGGUGGGAAAAGUGGCGGUGGAGGUGGUGGCAGCGGAGGAGGAGGUGGUGGUGGAGGCGGCAGCGGAGGAGGGCGUAAUGGGCAGGGUUCAGGAUACGGGAGUGGGUCUGGAUAUGGAGAGGGGUAUGGAUCUGGUUAUGGUGAUGACGAUGGUGGCUAUCAACCAUAAACCAUAUUUACAACAAUAAUAUCAUACACUCAGCAGUUUGAUAAACCACAUUUACAACAAUAAUAUCAUACACUCAGCAGUUUGAUAAUGCAUACAUUUCAUUUAUGAAAUUGGUACCAGUACAAUAAAUAACAUCAGAUUCACUACACGUUUCAUUAGAUUACUUGUAAGAGGAUCAACUUGCAUGUAGCUUUAUAAAUAAUGUACUCAUUUUGUUUAAUAAAAAUAAAUUAUUUUUCUUUUAAGAA